UCCAUGUCGUUACAUUGUUUAUCAUCUUACAGUUCAAUGGUUCAGUUCCACCCGAUGCUGUCAAUUCAAUGCAACAUUGUAGCACAGCCAAUAAUAUCAUUUUUAUGUCUCGUGAGCCCCACCUCCGGAGUAAUGCAUUGUGGGAGCCAGAGGUAGGCAGUGGUUUGGUAUUUUGUGCCAGCGUUAGCUAGCUAGCCGGUUAAUGUGGUAAUUUUGAUCAGAAAUUGGGAGCAGGAGGAGAGAAGUGAUGGAGGAGAAUGAAUAUCUCAUGUCAUCGCACUGUUAAUUCCGUCUGAGAACGCUGCAUAAUACGACUACCAUUUUAGUGGGUUCCAUGCACACCCUUACCCUGCAGCCUCUUAGCGACCAACAUGCCUUAUGGAACUCUCCCCUGGCAUCACUGAUAUUUGACAAAAACCCAUGUUUAAAUUCCAAAAGUUAGCUCUAGCAACCAGCAACAGGCGUUAGCAACGAACACAAUUUGAAGACGUUGUUUUCCAAGCCUGCCUGCCUCCCUGCCUGGCCGCCAAACACAGCAGUACCAUUUGAAAUUGCAAACCUGUGUUUCUCAACAAUCGUCUCCUCGCCCUGCCCAAGGGGUGACAGCCUAUCAUGAGAUUCCGAAUCUACAAGAGGAAGGUGGUGAUACUGACGCUGGUGGUGGUGGUGUGUGGCUUAGCCUUCUGGACCAGUGGGAAGCAGAAGAAGAGCAGUGGAGUGGUGGUCCCCAAAGAGGCUGAUGGGGCGAGGAGAAGCAGCAGUAGUCAGGUGCAUCCACAGCCACAGGCCACACCUGCAGUCAGUCGGAUACCCAUCGUACCACCAAUCGCACCUGUAGCACCUGCCAACGAUACGCAGCUGGAGAAUCACUCUGAAAAACAACUGGAGAAGGAGAAAACGGUCAAACCGGAUGUGGACAACACUACCCUCGUCUACCGUGCCAUCGUGUUCCAGCUCAACUUUGACCAAACGGUGAGGCACGAGGAGAGGUUCAGAGCAGUGAGGAAGAAGGAUGAUCUGGUGGUGGUGGUACAGGUACACAACAGACCUGACUACCUGAGGCUGCUGGUGGAGAGUCUGAGGAAGGCCCGGGGCGUGGAGAGCAUCCUGCUCAUCUUCAGCCAUGACUUCUGGUCCCCCGAGCUCAACCAAGUGGUGGCCUCGGUUGACUUCUGCCAGGUCCUCCAGAUCUUCUUCCCCUUCAGCAUCCAGCUGUACCCCCAGGAGUUCCCGGGCCACGACCCCAGGGACUGUCCCAGAGACAUUCCCAGAAUGGACGCCUUAAAGCUGGGUUGCAUCAACGCAGAGUACCCUGACUCAUUCGGCCACUACCGCGAGGCCAAGUUCUCCCAGACCAAGCACCACUGGUGGUGGAAGCUGCACUUUGUGUGGGACAGGGUCCGGGCGCUGAAGGACCACCGGGGCUUGGUGCUACUUAUAGAGGAGGACCACUUCCUCUCCCCGGACUUCCUCCACCUCCUCAAGCUGAUGUCGAUCCUGAAGAGGGAGAAUUGCCCAGACUGUGACAUCCUGUCUCUGGGGAGCUAUGGCCACAUCAGCUACGCUAGCAAAUCCAACAAGGUGGAGGUGAAAGCCUGGAAGUCCACCGAGCACAACAUGGGCAUGGCUCUGAGCAGGGAGACCUACCAGAAGCUCCUCCAAUGCACUGAUUCCUUCUGCACCUACGACGACUACAACUGGGAUUGGUCCUUGCAGCACCUGACCGUGACCUGUUUGCCCUCCUACUGGAAGGUCAUGGUGAGCGAGGCACCCCGUGUCUUCCACGCCGGGGACUGCGGAAUGCACCACAAGAAGUCUGUGUGCAUGCCGUCCAGCCAAAAGUCCAAGAUAGAGAACAUUCUUCAGAGUAGCAGCAAUCAGCUGUUCCCCAAGAACUUGCUGAUCACUAAGAGACUGCCAGCUAACGGGGCAGGGGGGGUGGCGCCCCAUGUGAAGAACGGGGGCUGGGGGGACAUUAGGGACCAUGAACUCUGCAAGAGCUACCUUCGAUUACAGUGACCUUAUUAUCAUUAUUAUAUUGUUACUCUUCUCUUUUUUUGCAUCCUGACUUUAAGAAAAAGAAAGCCUUUUAAAAAGUAUCUUUAUGGACUAUUUCUUCAUAUUGCCUGUUUUAUCGGACUGUUCCAAAUAAAAAAGUAUGUUGGGUUUGGAAUUCUCUCUAUCCAAGGCAUUGAUUUAGAGUAUACAGUAUACCCUCUGAAAUGUUCUACAGUAUGUAAUCUGAUAAAAUGACUGUGGUGCCUUUUUUCCCAUACAUAAUUGUUCAAGUGUUUCAUUAUUUGCAUUCAUAAUAGCUUUUAAUAGCAAGAAUGCCAUUGUUUUUUUUUUAGCUAAAAUUAAACUGGAUAUGUGGA